AUGGCAAGGCUGUCAAUCAGUAAGGGAGAGGGAACAGCUGAGACGACGAUGAGUGAUCGAGGACAAGUUUUGUUCGGGGAACAGUUGUCAACAUUUGGACGAGUUUUGGUCGAUGCUGAAACGUUGAAUGGCGAUGGAAAC